AUGGAUGGCAGCAUCAGCGACGACCCCAUCCGCACAUCCUGGGGCACCUUCCUGACCCGCGCCCAGGAUGAAGUCGUCUAUGCCAUCGAGCACCGGGUGGCCAACUGGACGCACCUGCCAGUAGAGAAUGCAGGUGGGGUUCUCCAGGGCAAGAGGUUCCAUUACGGCGCCCACUGGGACGACCUAGACCUGGAUGAGAACCCCGACGGCCUGGGAGGCGGGAGUGUGAGGGUGGCCACAGUGCUGAUCUAUCUGAGCGAUGCGGAGGAGGGCGGCGAGACUGCUUUCCCCCACUCUCGCUGGCUGGACAAGGAGAAGCAGACGGCGGGCAAGGCGUUUUCCAACUGCGCCAAGGAUGGCGUGGCUGCGUUGGCACGCAAGGGGAACGCGAUAAUGUUCUGGGACGCCAAGCCCGGCAGCAUGCGGCAGGACAAAUGGUCAAUGCACACAGGCGCCCGCACCAUGCUGAGUGCGCAGGCCUCGGCCGCUGGCCAGGCUGCGCCCAGCUGGCCAGGCGCGCCGCCCGACCAUGCCCAUGUUGCGGCCAGUGGCUCCCCGCAGCAGCUGUCAGCCAGCAGUGGCAGCAGCCCGCAGGGCCAGGACAUUCCAGCGCCUUUGGCAGGGGCUCUGGUGGGCGCGCCCGACACGGCAUCCGCCUCCUCACAGCAAACUAGCCUGUUCCCGCGCUUCAGCCCAGACGCGCCCGAACUGUUUGCCAGCAGUGGCAGCACGGCGGCGGCGGCUGCCGCCGCGCAGCAGCAACAGCAGCAGCAGGCGGCGGCACUCAAGCAGAACCUGCAAAAGCUGUAUGGCUCGCUGGGACUGCAGCACGGCAGCCGCAGCUCGCUGCCCGACAUCCAGGAGAACGAGCCACAGACCAGCCUGCCAUCCGACCCGCCGCUGUCGCAGCGGCUCCCGCCGUAUGGCCGCCCGCCGUCAGGCAGGGCACUGUCUGAUGAGGAUCUGUUUGGCAUGCAAGACCUAGGACAGGCAGCGCACGUGGCGCAUGGCGGCAGCGCUGCUGCCAACGCCACGAGUGGCGCGCUGCCUGCCGCAGGGCCACCCCCGGCGGCAGACCUCAGCUUGGUGGGCCAGCUUCCGGCAGGCACCUCCCAGUCACGCACCCUGUUUGUGCGGAACGUAGACCCUAGUGUGCCUGAAGACGAGCUCCGCACGCUCUUUGAGGCCUUUGGCGAGGUGCGCAGCUUGUACACGGCCGCCAAGGCGCGCGGCUUUGUGGUGGUCAGCUACUAUGACACGCGUGCCGCCACGCUGGCCAAGCACACGCUCACAGGGCAGAUGCUGGCAGGGCAGCAGCUUGAUGUGCAUUUUUCGCUGCCCAAGGAUGACCGCGAGGCUGCACAGGGCACGCUGCUGGUGGCGAGCCUGGACGCGGGCAGCAGCCGCCAGGAGCUGCUCUACCUGUUCAGCCAGUACGGCGAGCUGCGGGACGUGGCUGACGACCCACUGGGCCGCCCCAACUGCUGUCUGGUGGAGUUCUACGACACGCGACACGCGGCUGCGGCGCUGCAGGGCAUCAGUCAGGCGCCCGACAUGGCUAGCCGGCUGGUAGUGAUGGACCCAAGUGCGGCGGCGGUGUUGCCACAGGCGGGCCCUGGAGCGCCAUCAGCGGCCGCAGCCCAGCUCAGCACCUCUCUGUCUCACGACUACCUUGCAGCCAUGCCAUCUGGCGGGCAGCCAGGCAGCCAGUAUGGCGGCGGCAUGCGCAAUGUUGGCUCCUCCCCCGCCUUGCUCUAUGGCGGCGGCACCCACGGCAGCAGCAGUCAGCUAGACUACCUGUUGGCGGGCGGUGGCGGCGCUGCCUUACACAUGCACCAGCAGCAGGCGGCCGCCGCCGCAGCUGCGCAGCAGGGCGGUGGCGGUGGCGCCGGCAGUUUUGACCCCACUGCACAGCUCCUGUCAGGGCUGGCAGCCGCUGACCCGCUGGCGGGCAUGAACCGCAGCUUUAGCGAGAUGAGCCUGGAGAGCAGCAGUGGGGCGCUCGGCGGCCGCUUUGCUCCCAACAGCAUGAGCACGGGUGACCUCCUGGCGAUGACCCAGGGGCUCCAAGGUGCAGGCUCCAGCGCCCUGCGUGGCAUCGCCUCCACAGGUUCCAUGUGGCCCCACCACCAGCACCAUGCCAGUCUGGGCAGCAGCCCGGUGGGCACGGGCGCCUGGCCCGCUGCGCUGGUGGGCGGCUCCCAUGGCAGCCUGCAGGACCUGCUGCAGAAGCAGGCGGCCGUGAAUGCAGCGCUGCAGCAGCAGGCGGCGGCGGUGAAUGCGGCGGCGCUGAUGCAGCAGCCCAACCAGCUGGUGCAGAACGCUGCGCUGCAGGCGGCGAUGCAGCAGGCGCUACUGACACAGCAGGCAGCGGCGCUGCUCGGGCAUGGCGGGCUGCAGGGUGCAGGGCUGCUGGGCGGCGGUGGGCGGCGCGGCGUGGAGCCACCGCUAGGGGGCCGCCUCGCACGCCGCCCGCUCGACCCGGUGGCAGAGGCGGAGCGCCGCAUGCAGCAGGAGAAGCUGUACAGCCUGGACCUGAACAAGAUCCGGGCUGGGGAGGACAAGCGCACGACGCUGAUGGUAAAGAACAUCCCCAACAAGUACACACAGAAGAUGCUGCUGGCGCUGGUGGAGGAGCGCUUCCGCGGCAUGUUCGACUUCUUCUAUUUACCAAUCGAUUUCAAGAACAAGUGCAACGUGGGCUACGCAUUCAUCAACAUGGUGCGCCCCGAGUACAUCGUCCCGCUGGUGGAGGAGCUGCACGGCAAGAAGUGGCCCAAGUUCAACUCGGAAAAAAUAUGCCACAUCGCCUACGGUCGCAUCCAGGGCAAGGCAGCACUGGUGCAGCAUUUUCAAAACUCCAGCCUGCUGCACGAGGACAAGCGGUGCCGCCCCAUCCUAUUCCACACAAAUGGGACGCUGGCAGGCGAGGUGGAGCAGUUCCCCGGCACGCUGUCCUCGCCCAUUGUGCCCGCCGCUGCAGCAGGCGCCACCUCCGUGCCGGCCAUGGCCGCCGCUGCGGCAUCUGUGGCUGCGGUAGCUGUGCACGGCACAGCGGCGCCACAGGUUGGACAGUCUGGCUCAGCUGUUGUGCUAGAGCCCGACCGGGGUGUCUAA